AUAGCCUACAUACGGUAUAUUGAGACAGUUGUAUGAAUAGGCUCCGCGGUUUUCUUAUUAAGUAUGUUCUGUCAGUGUCUCAUCUACUGACUACGUGGUGGUUAGUACAUUUGUAGAAAUCGAACCAAGUGUGUGUCAACACACUUUCUUCUGACACUUAACGGCAUCAAGACCAAACCAAGGAGUAUAUUCAGCGAAACUCAAGAGGCUUGCAAUGGUGCAAUGUCUGGUGUUCACACUGCUCUGGGUCUGUGCUGUGGCACCGCUUUCCCUUGGGAGUACAGAGAGAGUAUCUCAAACGACUGAGCCAAGGUUCUCUAGGAGCACAGACCCGACGGCUGAGACAGUUACUUUAGGACCAGUUGAGACCCAAAGCCCUGAUACACACACACAUCAGAGCAUAGAAGAAGAACAAGAACCACUUCCCUUAGACCCCUGUCAGGAUGACGAGUUGGAUAAGAGGGUGUACCAGAGGGAUUCUCAUGGUGUUAUGCAGCUGGUUCAGGGAGAGGACUACAAAAACACUUGCAACCUAUCAGACACUCUAGGUGAACAGGCCCACUGUCUUAUCUACCCUACCAAUCAACUCAACUGCUCCUGGAAUUUCCAUGGUCUCCCUAACGACAGCCAAUUCUACACCUCUGUCUUUGUGUGUAAGAAAACUGAGAGAAUCUCCAGUGUGGACUGUGUCACUGAGGCCAUAGGAGGCCAAGGAGCCCAGGGAGGGACUGGAAAGGCUGACCGUGUGGUUGGAAAUGUGUCUGCUGGGUGCCAAGGCAGUGUGGACAACAGCGCCACCUCGGUGAUCCUGACUUUCAACGUGUCAUGCUCUGACGUGUGGGGCAUCUACACCCAUAAAUACCAGAUCAAAGAUAUUGAUGUGCUGCGCCCGCCCCCCGACAUCAACCCAGCCUGGGUCAGAGAGGGGGUUCUGCUGGUGCAGUGGGGUCUCCCAUCCAGCCGGUCACGCAACAGAGCCAGCUGCUUCCACUACCAGCUACAGAUCAAUGACGAGGUGAGGGACUUUAAGGAUGGACUGACAUACAAUGAGACCAACUUAGACCCCACACAUUCACACGAUGUGAAGAUGAGGGUGAGGAAGAGUAAAACCUGCAGAGGAUCUCAACACUGGAGCAGCUGGAGCAACACCACCAAGGUGGCCCCGUUUGAAUUUCCCAAUCAGCUGAACUCUCUGGUGGUCGUUGGCAUCGCUCUGGGAAUACCCAUGAUCCUCCUGUCUCUGCUGCUGCUGAUUCGACUCCAGAGGGAACGUCUGUUUCCCCACAUCCCUGGUCCCCCACUGAAGAUUAAACACCUCUUGGAGAGAGACGACCAGUUUCAGUUUGUCCCUCAGGGCCUGCAGCCCAAAUUUGUUGAGGAGAUCACAGUGGUGGAGGAAGCUAAGGAAACACCUGUGAAUUUGGCCAGUUAAACAAGAUGGCCUGUUUAAAGCCCAAUCAUCCUAAUCCCCUAGACUGUGUAAGGGCCGAUCUGUGAGGAGGAUCCCCUGAGCAGAUGCAGUCAUUACCAUUUGUUUUUGUAACAGUAUUUUUAUUGAAAUUUCACAAUUUUCACCCAUAUUAAGAGAUACAACAGAGACAAAGCACACAGAACAAAAAGAAAAACAGCCCCCACUUACCCAUAUCUACGUGCAUAUAUAUA